AUGACAGGGCGAGGCGAGGGCAGGAAUCGCCGGAUCUGGAGGAAGGGUGGGGUGUCCCUCUCUCCCCCCUCCGUACCCGUGGUCGCCCAGCGGGUCGUCAAAACCCCCCAAACUCCUUUAAAGUCGUUCUGUCCCCAUGGGCGCCGCAGAGGAGUACCGGCGGCGCCGCUCCCGAGCCCGCCCCGGCACCGCUCAUUGGCCGCGCCGCGCUGCGCUGCGCCCGGUGGCGGCGGCCGUAGUGGGGCUCCGCGGCGUCACUGUCCGGUCCGGCCUCGCUGUCCCCCAACGCCCGAGAGUCUGAUUUCGGCGCCUCGUGGCUGGCCUCUGGUUGUGGCACGGAGACCGCUGGGUGUCUCCGUGCGAAGCACGGCUAUCUGGAGAGAGGAGGGUUCAAGCAGUGUGCGCACCGCCAAGCGAGCCCUGCAACUGAAAAGAAGGCAGAAAAAAAGUGAUUGCCAUGAGAUAGUACUGAGGUGCUUGAACAGACUGCCCAGAGAGGCUGUGGAUGCUUCGUCCCUGGAGGUGUUCAAAAGCAGAAAUUUACCUACAGUUCAGUUUGUAGACUCAUCAUCAUGGUGGAAUCUAUGGAGAGAAAUAGGCACUGAAAAAAAAAGUUUCUCAGUUAUGCUUUAUAAAUCCAUGGAUCUGUUGGAGCAUGUCCAGAGGAGGGCUACAAAAAUGAUCCGAGGUCAUUGAUGAAGAAGAUGAACAAGACUGGAUGCAGUGAAAACCUCUGGGGAACAUCACCAGGUACAGUACUGCAACUAGACUCUGUGCCACUGAGCAGAGUGAGUUCUACCAGUCAGCCAGCUUUCAGUCCACCUCAGUCUCCCUCAUCUAUGUCACACUUACUAAGCUUUACUACCAGGAUGAUGUGGUAGGCAGUUGACUGGUUUGUCAAGCAUGAUGACAACCACAUCUACAACCAAUAAAGUUCUGCAUCACAUCUCUCCUUGUCUACUCCUCUACCACCUGUGUCAGAAAGUUAUACUGAUACUUUGCAGGAAACUCUUGGACUGUGUGUUCUUGGCAGUGUUGCUUUUCCAGCAAAUAGCAGGGUGUCUGAAGCCACCAAUGAGAACCAGUGCCUGUGACUGUGAGGCUACUUUCUGCUAUAUCUUAAGAAGGCCUCACCAACUUCUUUCUCCUUGCCAGGUGGCCUUUACUAAAUAACCACAGCAGUGUCAGCCAUAUUAGUCUGCCCCUUAAUUCUCACCCAUAAGCUCUGCGCUCAUUCAUUCCUCAGCAUAACUUGAUACAUUCCAGUUGUUCUCUCUCACAAAGAACAAUGCUAAUGCCUCAGCUUACUGCUGUGUCAUUUGAGAAAGAACAUAAUCAUCCACAACAGCGUUCCAGUCAUGUGAGUUGUUUCACCAUGCCUUCAUGACUGCAAUGAUAUCAUGGCCCUGCAACCAAACAUAGAUCUCCAGAUCUUCCUGUUUAUUCCACAUGUUGUGUGCACUGGUAUACUUUUUGUUUUCUGUCCAUAAAACACAAAGAAUAGCAAUUGGUGCAGUAAUCCUUCCAUUAAGAGAACAUUUAAUUGUCAUCCUAAAUUAUUUUUCAGUUUAAAAUUAAUUUUCAAAUAUGUGAUUAAUUCUUCAAAUGAGAAUAUCCUGAUUUAAGAACACAUUUACCAGAAAUAUUAGAAAAGAUUUAUCCUAAUCUAUAAAGAAGGACAGCAAGGAGAUUUCUGACAUACUCAGAUGAGACAUUCUUGAUGCUGAAAACAGCUUCAAGGAAAAAAAAUCCAUAUAGUAGUCUAGAAUAUCAAUUGUUCAUCUCAUUUAUUUCUUCCUAUUGGGUAUAUGUGGAGUGGCAUCCUAACUGAGCAUUAAUGAGCAGUUAAUUAGAGUUAAAUGCUUCAAUAACAGUUGGUGAUUAUUAACUUUUUUUAGGAUGGGACAAUUUAAAUCUAAAGAAGUAUCCUAAAAUUUUCAAAACAGGGAUAAAACAAAUAGAAAACGAUUAGUUCUUCCUUAUCUCCUCAAGCCCUGAAUUUGCACUCCUUCAUAUGGUGACAUUUUUUAAUGAUGUUUUAGUGAUAGCACUUAUUAGGAACCUGUCUUUCCUGCCUAUCCAGAGGUCCAGGUUUUCAGUAAGUCUUUUACUACAUCCCUCACCACUGUGUUUCCUUUCUGCUAUGAAGAAGCUGUUUCUAAGAGAGCAAAGAUGUUAUUAAGUAAGUGACCAUGCUCACCCAAUUCUCAGCCCAUCUGCUGAGCCUUGCAGCUGGGAUAUAUGGAUACACAGGAAGUCUAGCAUGUUCCAGGAAAGGGAGUUUGAAAACAAACUGAUUUCCUCUAGGUACACAUACUAAGUAAGAUGCAUAUUACCCGUGGAUCACAUCUGAGAGAUUCUGUAUUCCUUCAACCAGAAAAAAUCUAAUAUGUCAAUACUAUCUCUUGUAUUUUCAGACAUUAGCGAGACUAGCUCUUUUAGUUGAUUCUAUGUUGACUUGAUACAAGAAAACAAAAUUCUAAACAGACAGAUGUUGAAAAAUUAUUUUCUUCAUGUUCUGGCAAGCUGUCAAAAAUUAACAGUAUAUAACUCAAAAGAGGCAGAAAUUACAGAAUAGGAAAAGUUCUGCAUACAAUUUUUUCAAGUGGCUAACAUUUCUCUUGUGCAAUUUGCAGAUAGAUACAAAGUUGAUAUUUUCACUUUUUGAAGUAUUCUAUGGAUAUUACUGUUAGGGAAUGGAAGAACAUGAUCUCUUUUUGACAAGAUGAAGAAAAAGUUAGAUAACAUUUUUAGCCCCUCAGUUUACCUCACAGUGAUGCGGCCUGAACUGUCUGUAAAAAGUCAGAGCUAAGGAAGUGUGUCAUUGUCAUGGUUUUGUGAUUUUUGGUUUUUGGUAUUCCACCUCAUAAUAUCAUGUGGGACACUGGGAGUUUAACUGUUAAUGCUCAAGUCCUGGGUACCUGCCCAGAAGAGAAGAAGAACUACAUUCCCCAGGGGACUUUGCCAGGAGUUAAAUCUCCUUUCCCUGAUCAACUCUAGAGAGAUGGACAUCUUCGGUGUCAUGGAACUUAAUUCCUGAACACCUGAAAGACCCUGAAAGCUUAAACAUUUAUUUGAGACAGGAAAUUCAGUUCCUAGGUAUAAAGUGGCAAGAUGACCAUCGUCACAUCCCAACAGAUGUGAUCAACAAAAUCACUGGCUCAUUCUAAAAAGCUAAAAAACAACCGUUGCCCACAUUCUCCACCAAGAAACAAGGCUUUAGUAUCUGCAUACAGAAGACUGCAACCCUGCUCAGAGUUGCUGCUGAAUGUGCAUCCACAUAUUUAAGUGGGAACUUAAAAAAAAUAAGCCAUUUUAAGUCAGUUUAGUUGAAAAUUUAACCCUAAAAUUCAAUAAUAAUAAUAAUAAUAAUAAUAAUAAUAAUAAUAAUAGGAAGCAAAUUUGAAUUUUACACAUUUAAUAUUUCCAGGAAGCGAUGCAAUGCUCAAACAAUAUUUUAAAUACUAAAAAGUAAUAUUAAUGUAAGUAUGAGUUCGUUUUCUUGAGUUCAUACCCAGACACGAUGAGCAUGUUAUGCUAAAAUGAAGAUUGGACAACGUGGACUUUGGAAAGAUGAGAUGGUAAACAUGAUUAAUACAAGCAACAUAAUUUAGGUAAUGUACUUACAAUCUUAUGAGAUAUUCAACCUGGUCACAUACUGUAUUCUGACACAAAAUUAAUGCAGUGGUAAAAUGUGAUUGACUAACAACUCCAACUUUUUAGCAGCGGUUUGGAUAAGAUUUUCUCAAGAGCUCUUUCCUAACCUCAGCUAUUUGUGAUUCUGUAACAAAAUUGAAAAAUUUUAUUUUAUCUGGAGCACAGGAAUGAAUAGCUGGACUGAGUGUCGGUUUACUUAUUCUGAAGUAUAGAAAGCAGGAAGACCAAUUCAACUUGAUUCACAUAAAAGUAUAUUCUUCUUUUACCUGAGCACGUUACCUGCACUGGAGUGACAUAAUAUUCAAGUUUAACAUGGAAAAAACAGUGAUCUCUUGUUGUUCAAGACUAUUUCAUGUUGUUCAAGAUCAUUGCUAACUACAUAUGAAUAUAUUUGUGUAUGUGUGUGUGAUAAGUGUUUAUCAUACAGAUUAGGAGAUUCCUACUAAUGUUUGUAAAUCUACAUGGUAAUUACCACUCAUUUUGCUACCUUUAAAGAGUAUGCAAGUUACUUAGAAAGGUCUCUUUAUGAAAAAUGAAAUACUUGCAGCACUAAAUGAAGAUGGCAUGGUUGUGUUGAAUCAGGCUUAAAAGGGAAGGGAAAAAGGUAUAUAGAAUAAUGCUAUUAGGUAUGUAAGUACCAGUACAAGCUUGAGGAUGAAAGGAUUGAGUACAGCUCUGCUGAAAAAGACCUGGGAGAAACGGUGUAUGGGAAGCUGGACAUGGGCCAGCAAUGUGCUUUUGCAGCCCAGAAAGAUAAUGGUACCCUGGUCUGCGUCAAAAGAAAUGUGCAGAUGAGGGCAAGGGAAGUGAUCCUGCCCCUCUACUUUGCACUGGUGAGGACUCACCUGGAGUACUGUGUCCACAUAUGAAGUCCUCUGCAUAGAAGAGACAUGGACCUGUUGGAGUGUGUUCAGAUAAGGGUCACAACAAUGAUCCAAGAUCCAAGGGAUGGAACACCUCUCCUAUGAGGACAGGCUGAGAGAGCCAGGGCUGUUCAGCCUGGAGAAGUCUGCGAGGUGACCUGAUAGCAGCCUUUCAGUAUCUGAAGGGGAGCUACAGGGAAGAAAGAGGCAGACUCUUUUGCAGGGACUCUGGUGAUAGAAUAAGGGGAAAUGGUUUCAAACUUAGAGAGUGGAGAGUUAGGUUAGAUGGAAGGAAAAACUUUUUUACGUUGAGGGUGGUGAGGCACUGGAAUAGACUGUCCAAUUGAUGCCUAGUCCCUGGAGACUUUCAAGGUGAGGCUGGACCAGGAUCUGAGCAACACGAUCUAGCUGUGGAUGUCCCUAUUCAAUGCAGGAGAACUGGACUAGAUGAACUUUAAAGGUCCUUUUCAACUCUAAGAAUUCUAUGAUUCUGUGAUUCUAAGUAUUUACAGUUUCUAACAGAGAGCUUAAAUUCAGAUGAAGUGUCUCGUGUAUACAAUUUUUUAUGUUCUACCUCAAGACUUAUUCACCUUAAUGAUUGCUUAUAGAUCCUGGAAAAAUUGCUGUUGCAGAACAUGCAAUUUAUUAAGAGUUUCAUACAUGCAAAAAGGGUACAUUUGCUUUUAUGGAAAUGUAUAUACACUUACAUGCAAUCUAUUUUUACUGAUGAAUAAAUAAAGAAUUGGAAAUUAGUUAGGUCUACUGAAUCACCUUACUGAAAUAUAAAAGAUGUUUCCAAACUAUCUGAGCUGGAGGAAUAUUGUCCAUA